AAAGUCAGUUAGAAAAACGAUCAUUUCCACUGCACUGAGAAUACCGCAUAACCAACCAUACUUGCACAAGUUUCACUGUUUCAGAAGCAACGCGAGCUACUUGCCUACUUCAGAUUUAGCAUUUUCCUCUGAAAAAAGAAGAGAAAAAUAAACAUAUAAAUAGAAGCGCGCUCUCCGCAUAAUUGAAAUGAAAGGCAAAGCGGUUAAAGGACACUUGAUCUGGAACACAAGGAAGUUCAGCAAGCCUUCCAUACUCAUAUGCAUUUUCUUCUUUCUCGCUGGAUUAUUCGGUUCUAGCAUUUUCUUUCACUCUCAGGAAGAUACGAAUGAAGGCUUGAGACUGAAAAGGAGUGAGUCGAGGUUGCUUAGAUCGACGACGGAGAAAACGGAGUACAAUUUGUUGCGCGCGGGAGAGUCAGGUGACAAUUCCAUCACGUUGAUUCCUUUCCAGGUUUUGAGUUGGAUGCCUCGCGCUCUCUAUUUUCCUAAUUUUGCGAGUUCAGAACAAUGUGACAGUAUAAUUGAAAUGGCAAGGGAAAGACUCGAACCAUCAACUGUGGCAUUACGGAAGGGAGAAACGAAAGCGAGUGCAGAGGGAAUUAGAACAAGCUCUGGUAUGUUUAUUAAAGCUAACGAGGAUGAAACAGGGAUUUUAGAUGUUAUUGAGGAGAAAAUAGCCAGAGCAACUAAAAUUCCCCGGAGUCAUUUUGAGGAAAUAGGUGAGCGCAACUCUAUUCACCUUUGCAUUAAUAUCAAUGUUCUUUUAGAGGCGCUUAGGGCUUUAUAGAAACGAAUAUUUUGCUUCCCUUCCUGAGCUUUAUAUUUUUAUUUUCUACAAGUCAAGUGCUUCUUGAUUUUGUUGAGUUAGAAAACCUCUUACCUUCAGGGUGAUUCUAUAAGUUGCUAUUUGGACUUUAAUGUACUCCGCUAUGAGAUUGGACAGAGAUAUGCUUCUCAUUAUGACGCUUUCAAUUCUGUGGAAUUCGGUCCACAAGAGAACCCGAGG